UUGGCCUCGGAUCAGCUCUUAUUCCACAGUGUACCAAAACUUAUUUGGCGACAUUUUGUUCAAGAAAGCAUCAUCGCACGUGAUUUGCGUAAUUUAGAGAACAAGCUAACUUCUCAAUUAGAAACUAUUAACUUAGCUUCGCCACCCCUGUUUGAAAAAACAUCAAACAAGUUUGAUACUCUCAUUGGAGUCGGAAUAUCUCCCGCUUUGGAAAAAUGCAUCUCUUCGUUUUACGCUGGUGUACAGAAUGCUCGCGAUUCCUGCGCAAAGUAUGAACAGGUAGAAAUGGAUUCUCAGCCGGAACGCAUUCGAGAAGCAUUAGCAUUUGAACUCUUUGCUGUUAUUGAACGGCUAUCGAAUCUGCGCCCACGUGAUGAUGACAAAAGUUCUGCACAAGAAUUAUCAAGAGCUCGUCUUUGUCUGGCUUUACUUCAUUGUGAUUCAUCUUCAUUUUGUCAAGCAAUGAAUAAGGAUGGAGAACGAAUAGCCAAAGCUAGCCGUCUAUUGAAAACCUCCGCUGAAGAUUCUUUGAGCUGUGGGAGUGCUUUUGGAUCGUAUUGUUGUGAAAUGGUUACGGAACUUUUCUGCUGUUCAUACACUCUUAUUGAUCACUUAAAAGCAUGGAACUAUAAUUUGGGUGGGUAUUCACUGUCAAGUAUUCUGCGGCACUCAACGAACUUUCUUGAAUCUGUAUGUGCGGGCAGCCAGGAAGAACUAUAG